UAAGGGGUUUUAUUCAUGGAUGUUUGUGUGUUAUUGUUUUCUCUCCCAGAGCCCCUCAGCGGAGUCAUCGAGGGCAUCAGCGCUGGAAUGUUCCUCAUCGGAAUGUUGAUCGCCGUCAUCUCCCUCCUCGUCUACAGGCAGAGAGUCCGUAAAGUGGCAGUACAGGAGAGCCCAGUGGUACGGAUGAGCAUGUGGAAGCAGGGGCCUACAUCAGGGAUGUACGUUGGAGUCAGAAGCAGCCGACGCAUCUCCAGCCCCGUCAAAGCAGCCCACUUUGAAUCCCACCUCACUAAGCUACAGGCAGACUCCAACUACCUUCUGUCAGAAGAGUUUGAGGAUCUGAAGGAUGUGGGUCGUAACCAGCCUCUGGAUGCAGCCCGUCUACCAGAGAACAGGGGCAAGAACCGAUACAACAACAUACUGCCCUAUGAUUCCACCAGAGUGAAGCUCUCCUACCUGGAGGAUGACCCCUGUUCUGACUUUAUCAAUGCCAGUUACAUACCAGGGAACAACUUCCGUCGUGAGUACAUCGCCACCCAAGGCCCUCUCCCCGGAACCAAGGACGACUUCUGGAGGAUGGUGUGGGAGCACAACGUAUACAACGUCGUCAUGGUGACGCAGUGUGUCGAGAAGGGACGGGUGAAGUGUGACCACUACUGGCCGGCUGACCGGGAGCCUCUGUACUAUGGAGACCUGGUGGUUCAAAUGCUGUCUGAGUCUGUCCUGGCUGAAUGGACAAUCAGGGAGUUCAAGAUCAGCUAUGAGGGUCGUCCCAGCUUCCCUCGGGUGGUGAGACACUUCCACUACACGGUGUGGCCAGACCACGGGGUCCCCGAGACCACCCAGUCCCUCAUCGAGUUCGUACGGACCGUCAGGGACUACAUCGACAGAGCCCCCAGCACUGGAGCCACAGUUGUUCACUGCAGUGCUGGAGUGGGUCGUACAGGGACGUUCAUGGUUCUGGACCGGGUCCUUCAACAGCUGGACAGCAUAGGAACAGUGGAUGUCUAUGGCUGUGUGUUUGACCUCCGCCUGCACCGCUCUCACAUGGUGCAAACAGAGUACCAGUACUCCUUCCUCCACCAGUGUGUUCGAGAUGUCCUGAGAGCCAGGAAGCUCCGUAGUGAGCAGGAGAACCCUCUCUACCCCAUCUAUGAGAACUUCAACCCAGACUACUACCGUGAUUUUGUGUACACGGGACGCUAAAGACAGUUCCUCUCCACACAACUGAGUGAGAAUGAAAAGCAGGGAAGAAUCUGUUCAGUACCACCAGACCGCCAGUCUGUCACCACUAAAGGACUAUAGACGGGGGUCCUUUAUUUAUGUUUGAUACACUGUUGGUUUAACCUCUCAGGAUGUCUAUUUAAAAUGGAGCAGAUCGACGUCUGGAAAUAUUGACGUUACGUUCACUCAUACCUGAAUCUUAGUUUGCAUUCGAUGAGAUAUAUGUGAUUAUAUUGUUUUGCACCUACUUGUAAACGCUUCCAAGAAACAGUAUUCUUAAACUCAUGUUAUUUCAAUAUUAGUAAUGUCUGAUGAAAAGACAAAAGGAACUGAUAUAAACGUAGAUAUAAUGAUUCUUAUUCAACGUAACAGAUUAAAAAAAAGAUGAAUGAAAGCUAUCAGGCGAAGCAAUAAAUGGGAUUCUAUGAGGCGUAGCUACGUCACAAAGCAUUAUUAUGACGAGGCUUGACCACCUAAAAACCUCCCCUGAAGGAACCUUCCCUGCAUCCUAAGUGGCACCCUAUUCUCUAUGGGCCCUAAUCAAAAGUGGUGCACUAUAUAGGGAAUAGGGUGCCGUUUGGGUACAAAGCCCCUUUCUGUAUAAUAUAUUCUAAAUCGUAGUUGCUGGUUUGUAGUUAAAACUGUUUUAACCCGGAGCAGACAGACAGACAGCUAGCUGUCUUGAGAGUAGCUCAUCACAAUGCUGUCUAUAUCCUUGUGUAAAGUAGCAGAUCGUCUGUACAGUUGGUUGUGUUGUGAAUAGUCCUCUUAUCGUUAAACAUAGCGUCAGUUCAUGUUGUGUGUGUGUGUGUACCAUUGAGAUUGUACAGUAGAGCCUGGAGGAGGGAACAGCAUAUAGUUUGCAUAAGUACGCCAUCUCAGCUACCUGUUUUCUAGGGCGAAGGGAACACUCUACUGGAAAACAAACGCCAUCUCAGCUACCUGUGUUUUCUAGGGCGAAGGGAACACUCUACUGGAAAACAAACGCCAUCUCAGCUACCUGUGUUUUCUAGGGCGAAGGGAACACUCUACUGGAAAACAAACGCCAUCUCAGCGACCUAUGUUUUCUAGGGCGAAGGGAACACUCUACUGGAAAACAAACGCCAUCUUGUAUUCGGCUGUCUCCGAAAGAGGUGGUAACCUUUUUUCCGUGGUCUUUCAAACCAAGAUGGAGGGAGUGUUCAUGAGAGGGACUGUAUGGGUUUUGUACAUUACCUUCCUCAAAACAUGAUGUUGCAUUUCUGUUCAUCCUUUUGGCAUAAAACUAGGCUGAUGGAUGUGUCUGUGAACAUACGAGCGGUGAUCUUUCUAUGUCAUGUUGAACUGAGCGGGAGAUCCCUUCAACUGAAUCUCAGCUGGCCGGCUUCCUGGUCUCAACAGGAGAAGGUCUAGAAGUAGGACGAAACCAAAAACAACUGAAGAAAUUACACACAAUAAGCAAUACUGGCCAAAUCCUGCUGAGAUCCUGGGGAUAAAGUGAGAGAAUUGAAUAAAAUGUCAACAUCCUGACCCUGUGAGAGGUCUGCAGUGGCCAAGACACUGACCUUUCCAGACUACAGGUUUGGGACGUGGCAUUUUCUCUGUCUGAGCUUCUCUGAGCCCCAAGCCACGGAAACAAAGACUGAGCUACAGAAGAGACCGUGUUGGUUGGCAUUCUUCCCAUUGUUACUGAAAAUAUUGCAGAUCUUCAGAAGCUCUCAUUACGUUAGUAUUUCAAAAUCAAUCUGUAUCUACAUAUAAAUAGUACGUUCAGAUUGAAUCUUCUCUCCAACGGCUCCCAUUAUGUUAGUGUCUCGACAAAAAUCACAUAUUUAUUUUAACUUUGUUGUUCAAUUUAAACAUGAAAAUACUAGCUUUAAAACAUAAAUACUAAGAGAAUCAUUUUCAGGGUUCUGACUCCUCCCCGUAGUAUCAGAUGGAACACAUUCUGACUCCUCCCCGUAGUAUCAGAUGGAACACAUUCUGACUCCUCCCAGUAGUAUCAGAUGGAACACAUUCUGACUCCUCCCCAUAGUAUCAGAUGGAACACAUUCUGACUCCUCCCAGUAGUAUCAGAUGGAACACAUCCUGACUCCUCCCAGUAGUAUCAGAUGGAACACAUUCUGACUCCUCCCCAUAGUAUCAGAUGGAACACAUUCUGACUCCUCCCCAUAGUAUCAGAUGGAACACAUUCUGACUCCUCCCAGUAGUAUCAGAUGGAACACAUUCUGACUCCUCCCAGUAGUAUCAGAUGGAACACAUUCUGACUCCUCCCAGUAGUAUCAGAUGGAACACAUUCUGACUCCUCCCAGUAGUAUCAGAUGGAACACAUUCUGACUCCUCCCAGUAGUAUCAGAUGGAACACAUUCUGACUCCUCCCAGUGGCAGGGAUAUUGAAUUUCCUGUUUAGUCCUAUUCCCCUCUUCACAAAAAAAUGCGGGCAUUCGUCAUUGCUUUUGCACCAAAUGACCCCACACAGCAAGUAAGGCAAUGUAUACAGUAUUAUGUAGAGUAGAGCACCAGUCUCUCAGGCUUGACCCUCUCACCCCUGUCCUCCCCUAUAAGCCUAAAGGUCAUAUCAUAAAGAGAUUGUCUCCAGAUAAUACAGUACAGAAACAUCAACUCUCUCCAUCUGUUCUCCUCCCUGCUGGGAGUUGAGUGGAUUUAAUAGUGUGUUAAGCUCCACUGUGGAUUCCUCAAAAGUUUUUCAUUACAGAAAUCUAUAUCAAUCCCCCAUCCCUCCUGUCAAACUAAUACGCUCUUAGAUCCCCAAUGACCCUCUGGAACACAUCUCUCUGAGUUCCACCAGAGUAUGGCUCGUGCCCAUACAGCAGCUAGAACUUACUGUGAAGGCGCUUAGCUACCUGAUGAAUGUUCUUCCAACGUUUCUGUUUUGCUGUUACAUGGCUACUACGUCGCUCACCAACCAACAGUUGAGGUGCAGGAGGAAACCUUGUAACCGAGGCCUUUAGAAAGAAACACGGAGAUUAGGGACAGAGGUGUUGGAGGCAAAUCAGAGGAAGGAACUGUCUUUAACAGAGAAGUCACGGUGUAAGCCUGCCGUAUUUAUCAUUUACAGUAUGUAUCAUUUACAGUAGGUGUCAUUUACAGUAGGUAUCAUUUACAGUAGGUAUCAUUUACAGUAGGUAUAAUUCCACAUGACCUAUGGGAUGGUUGUGCAUCAGGAAUAUGAGCAUAACUUAAACUAACUGAAAGAAUGUUCCCUAGCCUAGAAUGUUCCCUAGCCUAGAAUGUUCCCUAGUCUAGAAUGUUCCCUAGCCUAGAAUGUUCCCUAGUCUAGAAUGUUCCCUAGCCUAGUAUGUUUCCUAUUCUAGAAUGUUCCCUAGCCUAGAAUGUUCCCUAGCCUAGAAUGUUCCCUAGACUAGAAUGUUCCCUAGCCUAGUAUGUUGCCUAGCCUAGUAUGUUCCCUAGCCUAGUAUGUUCCCUAGCCUACUAUGUUCCCUAGCCUAGAAUGUUCCCUAGCCUAGUAUGUUCCCUAGCCUAGAAUGUUCCCUAGCCUAGAAUGUUCCCUAGCCUAGAAUGUUCCCUAGUCUAGAAUGUUCCCUAGCCUAGUAUGUUGCCUAGCCUAGUAUGUUCCCUAGCCUAGUAUGUUCCCUAGCCUAGAAUGUUCCCUAGCCUAGUAUGUUCCCUAGCCUAGAAUGUUCCCUAGCCUAGAAUGUUCCCUAGCCUAGUAUGUUCCCUAGCCUAGAAUGUUCCCUUUCAUUUAAAAGUAGAGAAUGAUCUUGUUUCUUUUCCUCUGUUUGUUUUUCAUAAUCAUCCUGCUGGCAAUGGAGGAGAGAGGUGUUGAUGUAUGUUCCUAAAUGGUUUCUAACUCUGUUUCCUGUCUCUUAAUCUGUUUCCUGUCUCUUAAUCUGUUUCCUGUCUCUUAAUCUGUUUCCUGUCUCUUGUUAAUACGAUGAGGUAAUCUGCCAACUCAUUACGUUCAGCACAUAGUUAACUAUGAACCGUUCCUCCCUCUGGAGAACUAGGGUUGUAUUAAUUAAUCACUUAUGCAGGCUGAUGUAGGCUGCGUCCCAAAAGGUAAGGCACCCUAUUCCCUAUAUAGCGCACUAUUAUUGACCAGAGCCCAUAGGGCUGCGGUUAAAAGUAGUGUACUAUGUAGGGAAUAGGGUGCCAUUUGGAGCACACAGCCAUAGAGUGAUUAAUCAUAGGAGUAGUAUCUCUCUAGAGCAGUAUCUUACUCGGUGAGCAUACUGACAAAAUAAGGAAGCCUUUUCCAAGCCAGAGCGGACCAAAGGGCAGGAGCCUGUGAGGCAACUUAAUGUACUAGUACACCCCCUGGACAGGACACUAGUCUGUCCGACUAUACUGGUGUAGAUUAAUGUACUAGUACACCCCCUGGACAGGACACUAGUCUGUCUGUCUAUACUGGUGUAGAUUAAUGUACUAGUACACCCCCUGGACAGGACACUAGUCUGUCUAUACUGGUGUAGAUUAAUGUACUAGUACACCCCCUGGACAGGACACUAGUCUGUCUGACUAUACUGGUGUAGAUUAAUGUACUAGUACACCCCCUGGACAGGACACUAGUCUGUCUGACUAUACUGGUGUAGAUUAAUGUACUAGUACACCCCCUGGACAGGACACUAGUCUGUCUGACUAUACUGGUAUAGAUUAAUGUACUAGUACACCCCCUGAACAGGACACUAGUCUGUCUGACUAUACUGGUAUAGAUUAAUGUACUAGUACACCCCCUGGACAGGACACUAGUCUGUCUGACUAUACUGGUGUAGAUUAAUGUACUAGUAAACCCCCUGGACAGGACACUAGUCUGUCUGACUACACUGGUGUAGAUUAAUGUACUAGUACACCCCCUGGACAGGACACUAGUCUGUCUGACUAUACUGGUGUAGAUUAAUGUACUACUACACCCCCUGGACAGGACACUAGUCUGUCUGACUAUACUGGUGUAGAUUAAUGUACUACUACACCCCCUGGACAGGACACUAGUCUGUCUGACUAUACUGGUGUAGAUUAAUGUACUAGUACACCCCCUGAACAGGACACUAGUCUGUCUAUACUGGUGUAGAUUAAUGUACUAGUACACCCCCUGGACAGGACACUAGUCUGUCUGACUAUACUGGUGUAGAUUAAUGUACUAGUACACCCCCUGGACAGGACACUAGUCUGUCUGUCUAUACUGGUGUAGAUUAAUGUACUAGUACACCCCCUGGACAGGACACUAGUCUGUCUGACUAUACUGGUGUAGAUUAAUGUACUAGUACACCCCCUGGAUAGGACACUAGUCUGUCUAUACUGGUGUAGAUUAAUGUACUAGUACACCCCCUGGACAGGACACUAGUCUGUCUAUACUGGUGUAGAUUAAUGUACUAGUACACCCCCUGGACAGGACACUAGUCUGUCUAUACUGGUGUAGAUUAAUAUACUAGUACACCCCCUGGACAGGACACUAGUCUGUCCGACUAUACUGGUGUAGAUUAAUGUACUAGUACACCCCCUGGGCAGGACACUAGUCUGUCUGACUAUACUGGUGUGUCCGACUAUACUGGUGUAGAUUAAUGUACUAGUACACCCCCUGGACAGGACACUAGUCUGUCUGUCUAUACUGGUGUAGAUUAAUGUACUAGUACACCCCCUGGACAGGACACUAGUCUGUCUAUACUGGUGUAGAUUAAUGUACUAGUACACCCCCUGAACAGGACACUAGUCUGUCUGACUAUACUGGUGUAGAUUAAUGUACUAGUACACCCCCUGGACAGGACACUAGUCUGUCUAUACUGGUGUGUCUGUCUAUACUGGUGUAGAUUGUAUAUCUGAUUGCGUUAACAUAUUGUGACGAGCAGAGGUGUCACAACCCAACAACUGUCACGUGACCUACACCUACAGGGAAGAGCUGUGCUUCUCUGUCUCAUUGUGUUGCACUGGAUCAAUGUGAAUGACUGUAUACAAUGUUAUGUUGUAAAUAUGCCUGGUUUUGUAACCCAUGUUUAUCCAUGUGUAUUGGUUGGUAUGAUAAGCUAUGUGUUAUGCAUGUAAGUAAAAAAGCUAAACAUUGUUUUGAAUAUAUGAUUACAUUAAUAAUGCCAAGAAUAUGCAACCAUGUUAAAUAUGUUAAUCAUGUAUAAUAAAAUAAGAAUAUAGAUA